AUGUCCACCACAUGGGGUCUACAGAUGAGAUGUGACCUAAUCUACCUUCUGGAGAGCCCCUCAGCACUAAGAGCCCAGUUGACCUAGGUGGUCGAGGUCUUCGGCGGCCUUCAGUCAUCUCCAGGUGCUGAGGAUUUGGGGUUGGAGUUGACCAUUGGACACCUUUGAAAGGUUUCUGUGGUUUCUGUCAGAGACCCACGCGGACCUCCAACGGUUUUAUUCGUGAACAGCGGCGUGAAGUCAACGAAAUCCGCCGAGAGACUUGGCGCGUCUCCUGAGGCAACAUCUGGCAACCCUGCGCUCGGCUCCUCAGCCUGCGCUGCGCUCGCGCUGCACUGGCAUUUCUGUGUUUUUAUCGUCAGCGAGCGGCCGCGAUGGCUCGAGCUCUCCCUGCACUUUAAAACCGCCGAAGGACGAACAGCGACUGCUUUACUGUUGACCGUCUUUUCCCUUUUCCUCACUUUUUCCCCCUCCUUUCUCGCUGUGCACCGACUCCGGGGGUGAAAAGGAAGAGGGGGGCAAAAAAAAAAAAGAAAGAGCGGAGACAGAUGAGGAAGGCGUGAUGGCACGAGAGCGAGCGCGCGAGAGAUGCGGAUCUGCCCCAGGACGCGCGUAGAAAAACGGACGCACGGGAUAUACGCGGACGCGCUUUCCUACACCCUCAGGGGGCACUGAGGGAGAAAUCACCCCCACCACCCCCCCGGGAGCGCAGGGGCAGAUAGACUGGCUUUAGCCUCCCCGGAUCGCCGGUGGCGCGCGCGCGCGGAGGAGGAGGCGGCCGGACUGUGGAACGCGCUUUUCCCCGCUGGAUCUCGACGGUCACUCGGAUAUUGAAGAGAGAGAACGUCUUCCUGACCUUGAGGGGCUCAAGGUUUACCCACCUGUAACACUGUAGGAGAACACAGACCUGCACAUUGUCAGCGCUGCUGUUUUCUGUUCUGCAGUGACUGAAACACUCAGAGUCAACACACUCUUCAGCCUCAUAGGUGAAGACGUAGUGGCCCACAGCAGUCUAGAACUCAGGCUGUGUCCAGUCCCAUCUAACAAACCCAACUUCACGCUUUCUCAUCCCGUGGAAAGGAGCAUCUUCACCAACGUCAGUCAGAGGGGCGGGGCCAUGUGGGCACUACAGAUGCUCCUAUUGGCCAGCCUGCUGGGGCCUUCUGCUCUGGCGUUCAGCCGUGCUCCGGUGCCAAUGGCAGUGGUCCGGAGGGAGCUGUCCUGUGAGAGUUACCCCAUUGAGCUGCGCUGUCCCGGCACUGAUGUCAUCAUGAUCGAGAGCGCCAACUAUGGGCGGACAGAUGACAAAAUUUGUGACGCUGACCCUGCGCAGAUGGAGAACACGCGCUGCUACCUGCCCGAUGCUUACAAGAUUAUGAGCCAGAGGUGUAAUAACAGGACUCAGUGUGCGGUGGUUGCUGGACCAGAUGCUUUUCCUGACCCCUGCCCUGGAACCUACAAAUACCUGGAGGUCCAGUAUGAGUGUGUCCCAUACAAAGUGGAACAGAAAGUCUUCCUGUGCCCUGGCCUGUUAAGAGGAGUGUACCAAAGUGAGCAUCUCUUUGAAUCAGACCACCAGUCAGGUGCCUGGUGCAAAGAUCCCCUGCAAGCUUCGGAGAAGAUCUACUACAUGCCCUGGACACCUUAUCGCACAGAUACCCUCACCGAAUAUUCCAGCAAGGAGGAUUUUGUGGCUGGCCGUCCCACCACCACUUAUAAGCUUCCUCACCGCGUGGAUGGCACAGGAUUUGUGGUCUAUGAUGGGGCACUUUUCUUCAACAAGGAGCGUACCCGGAAUAUCGUCAAGUUUGACCUUCGGACUCGCAUCAAGAGUGGAGAGGCCAUCAUCGCCAGCGCCAACUACCAUGAUACUUCACCCUACCGCUGGGGAGGGAAGUCCGACAUUGACCUUGCAGUGGAUGAAAAUGGCCUUUGGGUGAUUUAUGCCACAGAAUCCAACAAUGGACGCAUUGUGAUCAGCCAGCUCAACCCCUAUACCCUCCGUGUUGAGGGUACCUGGGACACGGCCUAUGACAAGCGCUCGGCCUCCAAUGCCUUCAUGAUCUGUGGAAUCCUCUAUGUUGUCAAGAGCGUCUACGAGGAUGAUGACAGCGAGGCCACAGGCAACAAGAUUGACUAUAUCUACAACACAGAGCUGGGUAAGGACGGAUACCUGGACAUCCCGUUUCCCAACUCCUAUCAGUACAUUGCAGCUGUGGACUACAAUCCCAGGGACAACCUGCUCUACGUCUGGAAUAAUUACCAUGUGGUCAAGUACUCGCUGGAUUUUGGAGCACUAGACAGUCGACCAGAGUCUUCAUCUUCCGUUCAUAUCUUGAUGGACACCACGACCACCAGGACCACCACCCGCCCCACUACAGUCUCUAUGACCACCACGACAACCACCACUGCCACCAUGACGGCCAAAACCACCACCACAAGGUCUCCAGCGCUGACCACCACUGUCCCACGCAGUACCACCACAGAGCUCCAGCCUGCAGGGGGCGCAGUCCCAGAGUCCAGCACUCGUCCCCCACCCUCCUCCAUACUGCCCAACGUCGCUGUGGAGUUCUGUAAUCCCACUGUGGAGGCAGAGCUUACCUGGCCCAAAACACGGCAAGGCCUCGUUGCAAUGCAGCCAUGUCCUGCUGGAACUAUAGGCACUGCUUCGUUUGUCUGUUUGGGACCUGAAGGAUUGUGGGACCUGCAGGGACCAGAUCUCAGCAACUGCACUUCAGCCUGGGUCAACAUCAUCAACCAGAAGAUCAAAGCUGGAGAGCCGGCGGCCAUCAUCUCUCGCGAGCUUUCGGAGCAGACCAAAAGCCAUGUCCAUGCGGGUGAUGUCACCUACACGGUCCAGGCGCUGGGUCAGCUGGUGGAGCUGUUGGACGUCCAGCUCCGAAAUCUGACCCCUGGAGGCAAAGACAGUGCUGCCCGCAGCCUCAAUAAGCUGCAGAAAAGGGAGCGCUCCUGCCGCUUUUUCGUCCAGGCGAUGGUGGAGACGGUGAAUAACUUACUGCAGCCUCAGGCGCAGUCGGCCUGGAGAGAGCUGUCGGCCAGCCAGCAGCUCCGCGCAGCCACCAUGCUGCUGGACACGGUGGAGCAGGGCGCCUUUGUGCUAGCCGAUAACCUGCUGAAGACGGACGUGGUCCAGGAGAACACCAACAACAUUCAGUUGGAGGUGGCUCGGAUGAGCACAGACGGAAAUCUCCCCGACCUGAAGUUUCCUCAGACGGGAGACCAGAGCAACUCCAUCCACCUGUCUGCCAACACACUGAAGCAGCACGGCAGGAAUGGUGAGAUUCGCAUGGCGUUUGUGCUCUAUAAGCACCUGGGCACAUACCUCUCCACUGAAAACGCCAGCAUGAAGUUCAGCAGUGAAGCCCUCGGCACCAACUACUCCGUCAUCGUCAACUCGCCCGUCAUCACAGCCGCCAUUAACAAAGACAGCAACAAGGUUUACCUGUCCGACCCUGUCAUAUUCACUGUCCGCCACAUACAGCAGUCGGAGGAGAACUUCAACCCCAACUGCUCUUUCUGGAGCUACUCCAGGCGCAGCAUGACGGGCUUCUGGUCCACGCAGGACUGCCGCCUCCUUGGCACCAACCGCACUCAUACCACCUGCUCCUGCACUCACCUCACAAACUUCGCCGUGCUCAUGGCCCAUGUGGACGUUAAGAAUGCUGACCCGGUGCAUGACCUCUUGCUGGAUGUGAUCACAUGGGUGGGGAUUUUACUCUCCCUCGUCUGUCUGCUCAUCUGCAUCUUCACCUUCUGCUUCUUCCGGGGCCUGCAGAGUGACCGCAACACCAUCCACAAGAACCUCUGUGUCUCACUCUUCAUCGCUGAAACACUCUUCCUCACCGGUAUCAACCGCGCUGACCAGCCUAUUGCCUGUGCGGUGUUUGCAGCCCUGCUGCACUUCUUCUUCUUGGCCGCAUUUACCUGGAUGUUUCUGGAGGGAGUUCAGCUCUACAUCAUGCUGGUGGAGGUGUUUGAAAGCGAACACUCGAGGAAACGUUAUUUUUACCUGACCGGUUAUGGCAUCCCUGCGCUCAUAGUGGCCGUUUCUGCUGCAGUGGACUACAGGAGCUACGGGACGGAGAGAGUGUGCUGGUUGCGUCUGGAUACGUACUUCAUCUGGAGUUUUAUAGGGCCUGCCACCCUCAUCAUUAUGCUGAACGUCAUCUUCCUGGGCAUCGCUCUCUACAAAAUGUUCCAUCACACAGCCAUACUGAAGCCUGACUCCGGCUGCCUGGACAACAUCAAAUCGUGGGUGAUCGGUGCUAUAGCACUGCUGUGUUUGCUGGGUCUGACCUGGGCGUUUGGUCUGAUGUACGUGAACGAGAGCACAGUGAUCAUGGCCUAUCUCUUCACCAUCUUCAACUCUCUACAGGGCAUGUUCAUCUUCAUCUUCCACUGUGUUCUGCAGAAGAAGGUGCGUAAAGAGUAUGGAAAGUGUUUGCGGACUCAUUGCUACAGUGGAAAGAGUGUGGACUCGUCUGUGGGCUCCAGCAAAAGUUCCGCCUCCCGCGCACCUGGACGCUACUCCAGCAGCUCCCAGGUCCACCACCAGCCUUGUAUGACAAACUGCUCACAGUUACAGUAUGAACAAAGUCGUAUCCGUCGAAUGUGGAACGACACAGUGAGGAAACAGUCGGAAUCGUCCUUCAUCACUGGAGACAUCAACAGCUCAGCCACCAUCAACAGAGGUGCUAUGGCCAACCAUCUCAUCUCAAACGCUCUCCUGCGACCGCACGGCUCAAACAACCCCUAUAACACUUUAGUAGGGGAUUCGGCCGUGUAUAACAACCCACCACUCAGCAUGUACAACACGCAAGAGCCCUACAGAGAGACAAAGGGAAUUCUGAACAAUGCCCGGGAUACAAGUGUCAUGGAUACUCUACCACUGAAUGGUAACCACGGCAACAGCUACAGCCUGGCUGGCGUGGACUAUGUGAGCGAUUGCGUGCGGAUUAUUGAGCGCGGCUUCGGCGGGCCACACCCAGAGACCACGCUGGAGAACCGCAUCCUCAAAGAGCUGACCUCCAACUACCUGCCCUCUUACCUGAACAACCACGAGCGCUCGGCUGAGCACAGCCGCAACCUCGUCAACAAGCUGGUCAACAACGUCGGAAACGUGGCGCACAUGAGCAACAUGAGCCACGUCAGCAAUCUCACUAACCUUAGCAACAACGGUAGCAUUCGAGGCAAAGAUUCAUCCGUUCUGCCUGUCGAUCUUGCGCUAGACCUGGAUGACUCUCCGGCUUUCGUGCCGGAUGAGGGUCUUGGCCUGGAGCUGAUCCGAGAGGAGUCCGACUCGGAUGCUCCGCUGUUGCCACGACAGCGCCCCUCCCUUCCCACCCAGUCCCUCUCAUCUUUUGGCUCUGGCUCUGCCCCUUCCGCCUCCCGCCGGCUCCUCCCUCAAGAGAACAGUGAGAGUUUUUUUCCUCUCCUGACGGAGGAACAGCGUGAAGAGACGCCCGAGCCCCAGAGAGACUCAUCUGAGUCACCUGAGUCACGGCUGGAUGCCCGCACACUGCCCCGAGGAGGCGGAGAAGGGCAUACGCAUGCUGAGCCCGACGAUGUGUACUACAAGAGCAUGCCCAACCUGGGCUCACGGAACCACCUGCACCAACUGCACUCUUACUACCAGCUAGGCCGUGGCAGCAGCGAUGGCUUCAUCGGUCCCGCGAACAACAAGGACGAAGCAUCUUCUUCUUCAGCCGACGGAACGCCGCAGGAGCCCCCCCAACUUGUCACCAGCUUAUAGAGCAGUUUAUAGGUCACCAAACCCUGCUCCUGUAGAUCUACCUGUUGCAGAAUGUAAUUCCAACCUAAAUCUGACUUUCAUAGUGGACCAUUCCAUGCUCUCUUAUUUGAUUUGUCCGUGCUCUGCCCACAAAUGCAUUUUUUCAUAGCUACUGUUAGAACAGUAACAGACAGUUUCCGUAGUUGGUCUUUGCUCAUACUGAUGAGAAUUUUUGCCAAAGUUCUGUAAAGCUUGUCAAAGUUUUCAACAUUCUAUGAAAGAAUGCAUUGAAGGGUCGUGCAUGUCAGUUGUUUGCCAGCUAGGUAGCUUAUUUGCUCCAUUAGCUAGCUGACAGUGUUAGCUAACGUUAAUGGUAGGUGAAAGUUUGUUAGUAAAAAUAAUAUAUUUGAGAGAAGUUAUGCUGCAGUUACAUUAUUUCAUUUCAAAUUGCAUAAAAAUGAAUGACUUAAUCACACAUAAUCAGUGUGUGUUUGCUAGCUAACCAACUAACAUGACUGUGGAGGUAGCUACACCUUUGUUAGUUUGAAGGAGAAAUGUACAGCUGCAAAAACAGGGGCUUCUUUUGCCAAACCUGGCAUUUCACAUAGUUUUCAGAUAGUUAGAUGUGUUAGAUGUGGGUUGGGAAUAACCUCUGCAGACAAAGUGUAUCUUCAGGGGGAGGGUUGGUGACCACUGGUGCAUCGCUGCAAGCGCAACAUACAACCACCAGCUCCCUCUUCACAAACACACACACAGAUACACACACACACACACACACACUCGCACCGUUCCGACUCCCCUGACUCCUACCGAAGCCCCCUCCUCCUCGUGUGGUCUCCUUUGCUUUCCUGUACCGGUCCCUCGUCCACAGUCGUAGACAUUUCUUGUAUGUGUUCUCGUGAAAUCGGAAAAACGAGGAAAAAAAACAAUGAAAAACUCUGAUUUUUGUAUUUGAAUUUAGAGAGGAUUGGACGAUUCUGGGUAUCUGGGCGCAAACAUGGAUUGGACGUUCUUUGCAGACUCUUUAACAAGGGCAACGAUUUCCCACGGUGGACUGGACCCCUCAUGGAUUAAUGUAUUAUUUAGUGGGAUCGGAGAUAAACUGUUCGUGUUUAUGCAUCCCAAAGGAUUUACAAAAACACAGUCAGAAACAUUUCUACUACUGACGCAGUGCAUAGACUCGGCAGCACUCGAAUCAGAUGGAGGAAACACUGAAAAAGACUAUUUUAAUACACUUCUUUAUCUGACAUUUUGCUUUUUAAAUGUUUUUCUUCCUGUCCGAUGAGGUCGGCACACUUUGCUGCAGUAGUCCCGAUACGUGGAGUGAAAGGCCGGAGGUUUUGGAAAACGCAUCGCAAAAAAGAAUGACUUUAUCACACAACAUGCCGUAGAGCAUAUUUUUUGUUUUCCGUUUUUUGCUGUAUUAAUAACAAAUAUUAAAAAGUGGAGACAAAAAAAACUAAUAUCAGAGAAUUAUAAGAUAUUUCUAUGUAAGUGUACAGCUACUAGCAAUCGAACAGUCUGCUUUUAUUUUUCCGUCUCUCCGUAAGCGUGGUGAUUUAGAAUCGGUUUUCGGUCUGGACUUCAAUCCCGCUCUCAUCUUCUCUUCCUUUGUUUUUUCUUUCUUUUACGGUUCCGUAUGAACAGCAGCAGCAAAUAAAACCACAGAAAAAAAGUAAAAAAAAAAAAAAAAAGCAAAAAUAAAAAGGCCAUGUAAUCACCAAUGAUUUUUCCCCCUCUGUGACUUUUUCUCAUUGUUUCUGAAAAAAAAUCGUUUUCUGGCUGAGUUUCUUCAAUGUGUAGAUAUAGGUGAUAAUAAAAAGGAAAGUUUGGAAAAAUGUUGCCAUUCUGAGGGCAAACGUCCAAAUUCCUCACGAAUUGGACCGCAGAGGAAGACUCCAAUGAUGAUAAAGAAUGAUGUCCAUGUUGAUAAUGCACUAGGCACUUGUAAAAAAAUGAUGGGGAGGUUGUACUCAUUAAAGAUCAUUGUUUGGAGUGAGAAAACUGCAAAA